AUGGAGAGCUCCAGCCUGUGGACCAGCGCUUUGGUGUGUGCUGUUCUCGUGUCCCUUCUGAGUGGUGCAAACGCAAACGACUCGGAGAUGGAUGUGGAAUUGGAUACGAGAGCCAUACGAGAUUUCUACCCCAAAGAUCCAAACUUAACCAGCGAAAAACAGCUCCUUGGAGCACUCCAAGAAGUUCUGGAAAAGUUGCAGACAAAAAGAAUUCCGCCAUGGGAAAAGAAGUUUGGGCAAGUCCCAAUGUGCGACGUAGGAGAGCAGUGCGCGGUGAGGAAAGGAUCUCGAAUCGGCAAGAUGUGUGACUGUCCGCGCGGGGCGUUCUGCAACUUUUUUCUGUUGAAGUGUUUGUGA